GUAUACUUUCAUUGUUUGGUUUUUAAUUCACACAUAUCGAGAAGCUUCGUGCAAUUUGGCUUCACUAAACCAUUAUCAGCAUUAGUUUAGAGAAAGCAAAACAUUACAUCCGAGAAAGAUGGAGGAAGCUGUGGUCAAUGAAAAUACAAACAGCCUGAAAAUGGAGACUUAUUUAGAGAAGCAUACAAACAUUUUGACAAUAUUUCCACGAGCGCCUUGCUCAUUUUCAGACGAGCCCGAAAUUGUGAGCAACUUGUUUAAUAAGUUUUCAAUCGACUUUCUACAUCACGAGAACUGUUCGGGUUUUGUAAUCUGUCAAUCAGAUCAACCCAACGCAACUUCUGAAAACAGCAUUAGCCGUCAAUCCUCUUGGUUCAUUCCUGCUCCUCAUUUCAGCCAAAUAGUGCUGAUUAAACGAAUUCAUCGUUUCGGAGAAUCUCUUGAAGCGGUAAUCGGAAGUCAUAUUUCAUCACAACUCAGUCAACUUAAUCUAACGUUCAAAAACGAAAAAGUAGAUAAAAUACCAAUAGUUAUACUCUUUAUUUUUAUAGUUCAGCACCCUAACAAGGAAUUGGAAAACUGCAACGCCAUACUUGAUCAAAUUACAAAAUUCGUCAGCAUUCAGGAAUUCGAGAAACUGGACAUUUUGUUUAGAUUUCUUUUCAAAAAUAAGAGCUCCCACCCGGGCUUGGACUCGAAAAAGGAAAGACAAAAAUUGAAAAAUUUAAUUUCUGUUCAGAAAGAAAAUUUGGAGAUAAAGAAGUCAAUUUUUGAAUUCUUGCAAGUGCACGACAGCGAAGUUAACCUUCAAAUAAGUACAAAAAAGUUCAAAAAAAUUGGAAGCGCUGAAAUUACACUUGCCGAUUUUGACGAAGUUGUUUACUUGUAUAAGUUAUAUUUCCCAGCCAAAGACCAUAGCUUAGAAACUUUACCCAGCAAGAUGUGGGAAACAGAUAGUUUGCUAUACAAAACAGGUCACCGAGGAGAGUUGCUAGAAAGUAGCGAGGGAUAUUUUGGCGAGAUGAAAGAUUUUUGGGAGAACUACGUAACCAAAUUAUCGAAUCCUGUAGGCCUACUAAUCAAGUCUUAUUCUAAUGCUCAUGUGAAUGCAAUUCUUCAUCGACCAGUGUUUAGUAAUCAACUGGAUAUUGACUGGAUUUAUUGUGGGCAUAAGAUGAUAUUGGCAAUUGAAAUCGGACGCACAAACUUGCCCGAAAGCCCAAUUUACUCAAUUUGCAAUAAACUUGAACAAGUUUUGGGCAAGAUUUUACCCUCGACCUUUUUAGCCCUCCAUGCGAUUUUUCGAAGCUUUCCCAAAAACAUAAGAAAGAAAGAAAACGAGGAAUACAGCAAAACAUUUUGGCUUUUUGUAAGAAGAUCUUUUCGGUUUGUCAUUUUUUUCCCAAAUUUGUCCGCUAAAAGUUUUAAAGAAGUUAUCCAAGCAUCAAGGGAGCCCUUGGACAAAAAAGCAAGACAAAAAACGAUAGGAUAUCGGAAAAUAUUUAGCCUUAUUUCGACUGCUAAGCAAUACCGACUUUCCAGCAUUCUCUUUCUAAUGCACGAAGAUCUACACUCAACAGCAAAGCCAAAAACAUUUUAUGUUGACAAGGAUCUCAAUAUUUCAGAAAGCCGAAUACAAGUUACGGAAGUUUUCCAAGCGAAAGUGAAUUAUAGAAACCCAAAACCCAAAUAUAAAUUAUUGGAAUUUGUUUCGGGUAUUUUUGCUCUGAGUACUUUGAUAAAGAAGGAGAUUUUUCCGUCAAGUGCCGACAAAACUAACACUCCACGUGAUCAAAAAAAUUUGCAGGACCAGAAAGUGUUUUUGAAACAAAAAAAUUUAGUUUUCAACGAGUUUCUGGAUGUGGUUUUGAGCCCCCAGCAACAUCGGAUCUUAUCCGAGAACAAACGCCGAGUGCUGAUUGCGGGUGAGCCGGGUUCCGGCAAAACUUCUCUAUUGUUAGCCAAGGCUCAAAUAGCAGCUUACGACAGCAAGAUAGAACACAUAUUAUUUGCAAUUCCAGAAGAGAAAACCCAGUUUAAGGAUUUCCUUUUAGACUUCGUGAACAAACGGGGUAACGAGAGACUGAAAUCGAAGUUCAUUUUGGCCACCUUUGAAGAAAUGUCUAACCCGAGUCUGCGACGUCCAAACUGGCCUUCAUUGAAACAACUUCAUCGUUCCAUUUUACUGAUGGACGAGAUAUACAUGACAUCUGUGAGUUCCUUUUCAAAGUUGGAUCAAAACCUCAUGUUGCAAGCUUACCUGCUAGUUUUGCCUCACGUCCAACAGUUAUUUAGCACCAACGUCGUUGCGGGACAGAUGGAAAAGCGCCGAGGCCUAACUCAGUUUGUACUACCCCACGGCUGUAUAUUUGAACCUUUGAACAUCCUUUUUCGGAGCUCCCAUCAUAUAAGUGCGUUUUCGACCGGAUUUAUUCAUACAACUAAACCGGUAACAAGAACCAGUGCAAGAGUUUCCGGGUGCUUUACCUCGCCCCAAACCGAAAUAAUAGCUCACUACUUCUCCAAGCGCGAUGAUCCAAUUUUCUCAAACUCAACACUUAUGAACCCAUGUUUCGAAUCUGACCGUCGGGCAAUAAUAUUCAGUGUUGAUAAAACCUUUUGGACCGAAAAGUUUUCUAACGAACGAAAGGAUGUUUCAAACGUGUUAGUGGUACCUCCUAUCAUAGAUUUCUACGAAGCACCUUUCACAGGAUGUGAAGCCUUUUCUGUUAUAGUUAUCGUUGACGACAUGUUAGAAGCAAAACAUGACAACAAAAUGUUUAUAAUUCUGAACCUUGCCAUAACCAGAGCCCAAUACGAGGUCAUGAUAAUUGUGAGAGAUAUAUUUAAGAAAAGGGUGGAAAAGUUCAUCAGGAGACCAUCGCGGCUAGAUCGGCUUCUGAUGGACGCAGCGAAUCAACUUCCGGUGGAUAUCACUUUUCUAAGAACGGUAAAGUGGAGCAGGAAUAUGAUCAAUUUUGUGCAAAAGUUGACCCGGAUUGCAAUUCAAAGGGCAGACGAACGUCUGUUAGGGUCAAUACUGGAGAAAGUGCCAGCGAUCAGAAUACCAAUAGGGCGAACUUGAAUCAAUUAUAUUACAAGGGGCGAAUCUAGGGUUUUAUCGAAUGAAGCCUAACGUUAAACUUUUUUGGUCUGGGCGUAACAUUCUAUUGAUCACUGAAUUCCUUGUUCUUCAGAUAUGUUAGAAAACGUACAAUCUGACUAAGCAAUUAAGUAAAUAACUAACCCGGAACCCAAGAAAAACUACAAUUGAUAAAUCCAAAAAAAAAGUAAAUUUCGAUCAUCAUAAAAAUCAAAUAUCGUUAGUAACUAUUGUAACAUUAUUGAUCUAUCAUAACCAUUUUGAUCUAAGCUGAUUUAAAAUUUUCCCGAUUUAGAGGCUGACUAUCAUAAAAUGCCAAUUGUUUCUGGUUGACCAAAUUGGUUCUCCGAACUCUACCAACACGAUGAAAAUUUCUAUCUGUUAAAGAAUUUAGCGCUGCUAGCAAGUUUCCAAAUAUAUUGGCUGGCACGCAAACUUUGAAUUUUUUCCGCUAGUCCUUCAAACUGAAAUAUAUAGCUUAUCGCCCAAAACGCUUAGAUAAAACACUCGUAUCGAGAUUUCAUUGAUUAUUACCAAAAGGGGACCCUUUGAAAGGGAAGCAGCGAAGUACUCAAAAUUCUGAGGGUUGAGGGGAGUAUAUUUUUGAAGUACUCAAAAAUCUGAGGGUUGGGGGUAGUAUAUUUUUGAAGGACUCAAAAUUUUGAG